CAUUGCAUAAACAACAAAUCCAAUUGAACAUGCGUUGAUAGGGGAGGUUGUGUGGUGAAAAAUACGAGCCCGAUAGCUAUAUCAUAUUUGGUCAAUAUGAGCAGGAUCGGGGGUCUAUUACGCCGAAGCUUUGGGGUGAUAAAAGAACAUGUGGGCACCGACCAUUUCGGAAAUAAAUACUACUUGCAGCCCGAGCAAAAAACUUGGACGGGGAGGAUUGUUCGGGCCAAGCGGAUGGUGGUGGCUGUUAACCCUACAGAGUUUGAGUACCUGGAAGGCAACAUACCCUCAGAGUGGGAUGCUUGGAUCCGAGGCAGACGGAAGCAGCCCCCCUCCAUUGAGGAGCUGGUGAAAAACCAGCACUACAGGGAGCACAUCAAAGGAAAGGCGAGGGAGGUAGAUGAGAGAGAGCUGGCUCUGCAGGCUAAGGAGUACGAGGAGGGCCUGGUGGCUCGGCCUGCACAGACCAUAGCCAAGGGCCACGCCGCCGCCACUAGCUUCGGCCAGCCAGAGACCAGUGAGGAGCCUGUCAGUACAGCCAACACAUUCCAGCCUGGUUCCUGGAUACCCGCAGCCAAGAAAUAGCCACACACACACGCUCACUGGGUUAUGAUACCAGUACUGCGAUACUGGAUUUUCCAUGGUAAAAAAAUAAAAACAUGAAGCAAACUGAACUCCUGCAGUUGUGUGAUAUAGCUUGGAAAAUAAACAAUUACUCUGGGUAACAACAGAAGGCUGUGUGUUUACAAGAUUAGAACUGUUUUUCUGCUUCAUGUUUUGUUCCCUUGCCAUGGUUCUUCUGAGUAUUUCGAUACUGGUACCUAACACACAAUGACACGAUGCUACACCCAAGAAAUACACACAGGCUAUAUGCAGUGCUAUUCAUAGUUUGCCCACACACACACACGACUAAGAAAUAGACACACACAUACAUGCAUACUGUGCAUAUGCACUCUCUUCAUACCUACAUCCAAAAAAACUAGACAUCUGUAAACAAGUAUAGGCCCUCCCUAUGUGAGUAUUCACAGGCUUCCUUCCAUCAUUACCACCGUGGAUCGGCGACCUGAAAAGACUGAACAAUUGAAAUCGGCAAGAUCGAGAGAGGACGCUGGGAAGGAAGCAUGAUCUGGCCAGCUUCAAUGACCUUUUCUCAUUUGCGCAUAAAUUUGUCCUCCACUCUCUCUUCUGUCCUUUCCUCUGUGACCCAGAAACAGAUAAGUGGUUGAGGAGAUGCCAAUUCGUUAGCAGGUGAACAAAAGUGUCUUCCCAUCCUCGAUAGCCACCUUUCAUCAGGGAAAGUCAUGUCUAUCCUACCGGAGAUCUUUAGCGGAAGAGUUUUGAAAUCUUAAACCUUUUGAAUCAGUUUUUGUUUGUCAGAGGAGAAAAGCAUGCACACAUUAAAAACAAUAUGCUACUUAUUGUUUAUCUAUAAAAUGUCUUGCACAACUAACUCAUUUGUUUUUAUCACUUUUCACAUGCAUUUUGGGAUCUGGACUGGGUUGUAUUCAUUAGUGCACACCAUAAAACGUUUGGCAACGGAAACCGGUCACUAUGCUCUUAAAUGUGACGUAAGCAGUUUAAUGAAUAUGACCCUGGUUAUGAUGUAAACUAAUAAUGGAAGUUCUGCUCUUCAUAUGCAUUGAAUCAGGGAGUACUUGACAGUGAAUGGCAUUCAUGGGGUGUGGAAGACAAUUUUAGCUGAUCUCCCUGACCCUACUGUAAACUCUUUGUAUAUAAAGUUCAGUUGUCGGUAGUCAAUAUAUCUUGUUUGAUUUGUUGUGGAUUAUAAAUGAAACUGCAAGGCUUGAGAGAACUGGGAUGUGAUGUAAGGAUUGGAAAGUAGGUGGUCCUGUGUUUCUCAAUUGGUAGAUCAUGAAGUAGGGUUUGAUGAUCCACAGUUUGUGAACUCAUCUUAAGGUAGCAAGGUAUGUAUGCACUGGUGUAAGUUGAUUUUGAUCAAUUGUCUGCUAAAUGGCAUACAUAUUAAAUAUUCUUCUGCAUGA